AUGUUAGAUGAUAAAAUUAAUAUUAUAAUGAAAAUAGUGAAAUUUACUUUACUUUAUUGUCUAUUACUUUUUUCAGAAUACAAUAAAGAUAAACUACCAGCUCUAACUCUCAUUCUUCAAUCUUUAAGUCGAUCGGCAUGGCAAUCAUGGGAAUCUGUCACUAUUAUUCCAUGUUUGACAAAAAAUCGACUUUCGAUUCAUUUGCUUCAUCGUCAAGCAUGUCUUAAUAAUCAAAGUAUAUAUAUCGAUCCUGAAUCAGGACUACAAGUUCUCACUCGAUAUGCUCAUUUACAACGAGGAAAAUGUUGUGGUAAUCAAUGUCGUCAUUGUCCAUAUGGUCAUAUAAAUGCUGAAAUUAAUUUUAGUCGACCUCAAAAAAUAUUUAAUACAUCAUAUUAUGAAUGA